AUGGAACAGCUUACUAUCCAAACGGACGAAUUGCGAAGUCAGGUGAGCAGGUGCACACACUUUCCCCCGACGGUGUUCGCUCCGAACUUUUUCUUUUUGGGCUGGAAGUCUAGAGAAAUAGGGCAGGUGGUAUGGAGGGUAGACUGGGGAAGUUCGCUGAAAAAACGAAAAGAAAAGAAGAAACAACUGAGGUGCGGUUCAGUUUCAGAACUAUUCGCCAGCUUCAUCUGUCGACAGUAGCUACUCUUCCUGCUCCAGCGUGGAGGACGAAAUCGAAAUCUACACGCGCCUUGUGCGGAACGAGGCGCCGCUCCGCAAGGACUAUUUCCGCGAGAUGUCCAAGAACUCCUCGUGCUCAUCGUCCUUUGAUUACGGUACGUCCGCGCUCGCUUCUCGUCCCAAGUUUCUCGUUUUUCAGGAGAGCUCGGACCAUCUUCUUCGUCUCGGAAAGGCUCGAAAACAACCGAUGCUGACCUGGACAGUCUGUUCCGCUCGCUCGUGGUGAGUUCUAGCAAUUCGGUGAUGUCAUUUGACGACGCACUUCUAUCGUACCUCUCCCCCCAGGUGUCUAGACUAUUUUCAGAUCAGGGACUUAAGUCUGAGACUUGAAGGAUUGGGUUCUGGGGGACUUGUGAAUCUGGAAUAAUAAAAACAUCGAGUCAUCGGGAGAAUUGCGACCCAAUUGUUUACGAAUGAGCUGGAAAGGAUGGGGGCCCAUGGGUAGUCCCCACCUCAAUUCCGUUUCAUCAGUUUCCCACUCAACCUUUCUCAGCUCCUUUUUAUCUCUUGACUUUAACAUUUUCGGUGAGAGAAAACUGGUAUAGUUCCCUCGGUGCAAAAAAGGUGAGAGUGAGAGAGGCGACGUAAUCGUCAGGCGGUACUCUUUUCAAAAAAAUUAUAUCGUUUUCCCACGUAGUUCCCGCCCGUUUCACCCAUUUCGCUUCGAUAAUUGGUAAGUCGGCUCCCUCUCUCUCUCUCUCUUUUGCUCUCCCUUUCGUUUUCGAAUUCAAACGUAUUGCACCACCACAGGUUGCUCGCCCACUUGACUUUCUCUUUCUCGCCAUUCCUUUUUUGUGCGCCAAUGUUUGUCGCCGAUUAGUCAUAGACAGUAGCCAGGGGCGUAUGGGGUGGGGGACCCAAAUGUCACUUCUCUAUUAGUAUAACUGCCUCUCCUCACACUUCUUUUGAUGUUUUUCUUGCUUCUGCUCACGACAAUGUUUGACUUGUUGCUCGCUUCUCCUUCUUCUACAGUACCCUUUCGAUGUUUUUAUGCUGGUUCUCCUCGAAAUGUGUAGUCUGCUCAUUUCGAUCGGCAAAAAGCAUUUCGAUGGCAUUUAAGAUCAAUUAUUAAAACCUCUAGAACUGAUAAGUGGUCUAGGGAUAACAAUGAUUAUCUAUUGGUAAUAUAACCCAUGUUCACCUUUUACAACUUUACAAUACACAAGUUCCGGGGUCUUUAUGAUGUUCUAGAAGGCAAUUCAUCCUUCUUUAACUACAAAUGAUCAACUUUUUGUCCGUAAAGUUUGUUAUGAGGUAACUGCUCAUUUUCGCUCACAUUUCCUCAAAAGUCCAAUAUCGGCUCUGCCUACAGUAAGACAUCUACUUGACUAUGAUUCUGCUCUUGAUAACUUGAUAGUUUUGGAAUUCGUUACGACCGCGACUGAUCGGUGUAGAGCGAGACCUUUCGAGUUGCUUGCACCCACACCUAAUUGAGGGAUACAUGUGCCAUUUGGAGCGCUCCGCCGCUUCUUCACAAGCUCCGAAACAACCCACAAUUUGGUCGGAAUCCCUUCGCGCUCCCUUUCAUUCUCUCUGAUUUGUUGGUGCCUUCUCCAUCUGUCACCGCGCACCUUUCCGACCAAUUUGCUCCGUUUUGCUCGUGUUGCUCUCCGUUUGUCAGUUUGUCACUCACAUGGCUUCUUCUUCUUCUUCUCCUCCUCUUUUUUCCUCAUCGCAUCGUCAUCAUCAUCAUCACGCCUCCCCGGUGGUCUUCUGCUCGCGCUUUGACAAAUCCUCGGCAGAAGCAGGCUCCGCCCCUUUUUCAGCGAGAGCAGCCUGCGCCCCGGAUUUUGUUGAUAUUGAGAGACAUUGAGUGAGAGCCCUUUUUACGCCAUCCUCCUGCCCAGACUUGUUCCCCCUAAUUCCCCCUAAAUCUGACAAGAAACGAUGAGCAAGCGAACGGCAAGCAAACUCGAAAAACCCGUGGCUCGGCUGCCGACAACUGAAGAACUGGCGGCCGUUGGCCUCAGCUUGGCUGGACUGAUCAAGACUGAAAUUGAGAGUUUGCAGGAGACUAGCGAUCAAGCCAACACCGUUCCGACUACGGUAGCCAAGACUGAAGUGGACAGCAUUCCGGAAGAGUUAGAGCAGGUACCCGCAGCACUCAACCUCACCUCACAUUCACCGAUUUCCCUACAGAAACCAUCCUCAUCGACUUGCCCGCCCGUUCAUCCAGUUACCGAAAUGAACUCGAUCCACAUCAAAAGCGAGCUCGACGCCACGAUGGCCGCCUUCCCGAUGCCACAACACCACGAUCUGUUCCUCGGAACCAACCCGCACUACAACCCGUUCUCGUAAGUUUCCGUGCAAAUCCGGAAUGACUGCACGUCACAUCCGCACGUGUCUUAUUGUGGAUUACUUAGAGAUACGUAGUAGAAAGAAACAAAAAAGCAAAAGGGAUUUGGGGAUUAAUUGGGAUCGGAUUAGGCCGAAUCUUAAGGAUUUGCAGGCUCACCAACGAGUUCAUGACCGCGCCGAACAGUCUGAUGCCGUCGUUCGCGUCCCCGUUCUACCAGCACAACUUCUCGAUGACCUCCGAUUCGCGACGUGGAUCGCAGGGCACCACGAGCUCCUCCACGAACACCGGAGGCACGCCGUCGCCGCAUUCCAGCUCACUUCCGACGUCGCCCCCGCAGUUGCAGGGCUUCUUGAAGUGAGUUCAUUUUCGGGAACGUCUCCGAAUCUAGUUCCUUUCAGAUCUUUCUUGAACCCGGAAUCCCUCAGCCAGACUCCGUUCGGCAUUCCAUCCGAGCCAGUGCUCGACGCUGAUAAGCUGUGCGCAGUGUGCAACGAUCGCGCAAUCUGUCUGCACUACGGAGCACGCACUUGCGAGGGCUGCAAAGGAUUCUUCAAGCGAACUGUCCAGAAGAACUCCAAGUACACGUGCGCCGGCAACAAGAACUGUCCGAUCGACAAGAGAUACCGUAGUCGCUGCCAGUAUUGUCGCUUCCAAAAGUGUUUAGAGGUCGGCAUGGUCAAAGAAAGUGAGUAAAUGAUGAGCAGAAAGUUCACGAGCGUUUGUUGUUUCAGUCGUCCGCCAUGGCUCGUUGUCGGGCAGAAGAGGCCGUCUCUCUUCGAAGACGAAGCUGGCCCGGUCCGAAGAUCAGCCGUCGCCGCCGCUUCCACUUUUGGCGCUCAUGGGAAAGGCGGUGGAUGACCACACGAAUCUUCAAGUCACGCAUCAGUUUGUAAGUUGCCACGUGUGCAGAAGGGGAAACUUGAAUAGGUCUCUCCGAUUCAGAUGACUCCGUUCGAUCUGAACACGGCUCUCCACAUUCUGCGAAUGGAGUACGUGGCCACCAAGAAGCUUCUAUUGGCGAUGCCGCAGAUCUGCGAGAUCCAGGAGCACGACUUCUGUAUCCUGCUCGCGCGCUCCUUCUUUGCCAUCCUGGCCAUCCGCUGCGCCAACCGCUUCGUCUCGAACCCCGAGGCCAUUCAGUUCGAGUCCGGAGAGCUCAUCCUCGUCAGCGCCUUCCCGGCCUGCUUCCAGCAGAUGCUCCGAUUCGCCAUGACCAAGGCGCAGACUUUCUCGGCGCUCGUCGAUUGGGAAGCUCAGGCUUUCGCUGCUCUCAUUGCUCUUCAGUUCUUGUCGGGCAACACAGGUAUUUCGGGAGGUCGCGAGCCAGUUCCAUCCUGCUCAUUUACAGAUCUAAACGUGCUGAACCUCAACAACAAGCCGCUGGUGGACCAAGUGCAGAGCACCAUCAUCAACGCCCUCAAGGACCAUUGCAGUGGCUCGCAGAACAAGUUGGCAAAGAUUGUGAGACUGGUCAGUUGGGAGGAGACCUUCCAGUCGGGAAAAGGGGACGUCAUCAACUGUCUGGUUGAAAAUGAAAAUUAUUUGUGCUCAUUAUAAUCCCGAGCAAAGAAGCUCGAUCAUGAUGACGUCGCAUUGGAAGCCUUGACGAGGAAGACACAUUUUGCACUAGACUCUCGCACCCAACUUUAUACGUUUCAGAUCGACGAAUUCGAAAUCUUCCAUAGCCUCGGCCUCCAGGCCUUCGACGCGAUCCACCCGGCACACCACCUUCCGGACGAGUUCGUCUUCCUCAUGAGCAUCACUCGGGCUCCCCUCCGAACCGCCGAGUCGACCGUUCCCGCGUGCGGAAGUCCCGCCGCCACCCCGGCGAGCACUCUCUUCACCUUCCCCACGGCCUUCUAA